GUUCAUCUAUUUUUGCCAAUGACUGCAUAGUUUGUCCUGGUGGGGAUCCGUAGUUGGUGGAAUAACAUUGUGAAGAAGAAUGUUGAUGUCAAAGUUGAAGAGGAGGACUCAGUGUUAAACACACUUCGAAUCGUGUCAUUUGCUUGUCCUGGCAGGAAACUUAGUAAAGGAUCAUGGGUAACACAGGCGACCGGAUGUCCGGAGACCGCCAUGGCGCCAAGGCCCAUCGCUCUGACAGCAGAGACAAAGACCACGAGCCCAGCAAGAUGGUGGACAGCACUGAUGACCCUAACAUCUUCAACACACACGGUCUGGGGUCCUCGAAGGUGUCGGACAAGGAGGAGCCCGACCUGGAUGACCUGGUGAAGACCGGGCCUCAGUCCAGGCCCACGGUUAUCCGCUGGGCCGGAGGAGGGAAGGAGGUUUACAUCGCUGGAUCCUUUAACAACUGGGGCAACAAGAUCCACCUCAAUAAGAGCCACAAUGACUUUGUAGCGAUCCUGGACUUGCCAGAGGGAGAGCACCAGUACAAGUUCUUUGUGGACGGACAGUGGGUCCAUGACCCCUCAGAGCCUGUGGUGACCAGCCAGUUAGGCACCAUCAACAACCUGAUCGAGGUGAAGCAGUCGGACUUUGAGGUGUUUGAUGCUCUGCAGGUGGACUCUCUGGAAUCUACCGACACCUCAGACCUGUCCAGCUCCCCUCCAGGUCCCUAUGGACAGGAGCAGUACAUGUUCAGGCCUGAGGAACGCUCCAAAGCCCCGCCCAUCCUCCCCCCACACCUCCUCCAGGUCAUCCUCAACAAGGACACUAACAUCUCUUGCGACCCAGCCUUGCUGCCUGAACCCAACCAUGUGAUGCUCAACCAUCUGUAUGCGCUCUCAAUAAAGGAUGGAGUGAUGGUGCUCAGUGCGACUCACAGGUAUAAGAAGAAGUACGUCACAUCUCUGCUCUACAAGCCCAUCUAACCUGUGUGUGUAGGUGCACAGUGCUAUAGAGGGCAGCAUGUUAAUACUGCGCUGGGUUUAUCCAUGACAUGUAGUUGAGAUUGGACUAAACUAACAGUUUACAAAAGAGCUGGGGGCCUGUGGCUGAGACUGGGGGGCAAAUCUCAAGACACCCUUUUCCCUGUAGAGUGCACUACACAAUGUAGCACUCAGCAAAUGGGUUCAAAGUAGUGCACUCAAUGUGGAAUAGGGUGUCAUUUGACCUUCAGCCUGUGACUUCACAAGGAGUCCACAAGGAGAAAUACUGAAAGUGGACUGUGGCGUUUUCCCAUAAUGCACCCAUAGUUGAAUAGCAAUAAGGGACUGAAAGAAAUCACUGUGUGUGUUUUUUUGUGCAGCACUUAGGCUGCGUUUACACAGGCAUCCCAAUUCUGAUCCUUUUGUCUACUAAUUUGUCUUUUGAUCAAUCACAUCAGAUCUUUUCACAUCAGAACUUUUUCAGAGCUGAUGUGAUUGGUUAAAAGACCAAUUAGUGGAAAAAAUAUCAGAAUUGGGCUGCCUGUGUAAAUGCAGCCUUAGAUUCUUUGUGGGUGCGUAAAAAGAACAUUUAUUUCCAUUAAAAACAUAAGGGUUUGAAGACACGUCUGCUGAUUGGGACUGUAAAACACAUAUAAUCAACAUGACAUUUUAUUAAAUUAGCUUUUGAAAGGUUAUGUACACGGAAAGAGGGCAGUUGAAUGUUUCUGGCUUGGAUUUAGUGUCCCAAUAGUGUCCCAUUCUUUCUCCAUAUUUUUAUUGUAAUUGGACAGUGACUAGACUAAAGGGAGGAUUCUGCAGAGUCGUCCUUGUUAUUACUGUAAUUGGACAGUGACGAGACUAAAUGGAGGAUUCUGCAGGGUCUUCCAUGUUAUUACUGUAAUUGGAUAGUGACUAGACUAAAUUGAGGAUUCUGCAGGGUCUUCCUUGUUAUUACUGUAAUUGGACAGUGACCAGACUAAAUGGAGGAUUCUGCAGGGUCUUCCUUGUUAUUACUGUAAUUGGACACUGACUAGACUAAAUGGAGGAUUCUGCAGGGUCUUCCUUGUUAUUACUGUAAUUGGACAGUGACUAGACUAAAUGGAGGAUUCUAUAGAGUCUUCCUUGUUAUUACUGUAAUUUUCAGUGACUAGACUAAAUGGAGGAUUCUGCAGGGUCUUCCUUGUUAUUAUUGUAAUUGGACAGUGACAAGACUAAAUGGAGGAUUCUGCAGGGUCUUCCUUGUUAUUACUGUAAUUGGACAGUGACUAGACUAAAGGGAGGAUUCUGCAGAGUCGUCCUUGUUAUUACUGUAAUUGGACAGAAACUAGACUAAAUGGAGGAUUCUGCAGGGUCUUCCUUGUUAUUACUGUAAUUGGACAGUGACUAGACUAAAUGGAGGAUUCUGCAGAGUCUUCCUUGUUAUUACUGUAAUUGGACAGUGACUAGACUAAAUGGAGGAUUCUGCAGGGUCUUCCUUGUUAUUACUGUAAUUGGACAGUGACUAGACUAAAUGGAGGAUUCUGCAGGGUCUUCCUUGUUAUUACUGUAAUUGGACAGUGACUAGACUAAAUGGAGGAUUCUGCAGGGUCUUCCUUGUUAUUACUGUAAUUGGACAGUGACUAGACUAAAUGGAGGAUUCUGCAGGGUCUUCCUUGUUAUUACUGUAAUUGGACAGUGACUAGACUAAACGGAGGAUUCUGCAGGGUCUUCCUUGUUAUUACUGUAAUUGGACAGUGACUAGACUAAAUGGAGGAUUCUGCAGGGUCUUCCUUGUUUGAUUCCAAAGGGACGAUGACCACUGAUAAAAUCAGGAUAUGCAAUUGGAUAGGUUGUGUAAAUUUAACUGAACUGAAUUAUAACAAACUAUGGGUAUUAAAUGGUAUAUCCCAUUUAAUCACUUUAAACUAAAGGCCUCAUAUUACAUAUCAAGUAGGAGUUGUGAAAUGUUGGCCUGUGUCCUGUAGAUCUUUGCUUAGUUCUGCUAUUGCCUUCAUGAAAGGAUGCUGCAAGCACUUUAGCUACACGUGUGUCUCCAACAAAUGCUUUGAGCAGGAUUGUUGACAUAAACUUAACUAUGCAGAUACACGGACACAUCUGGUAGCUUUACAUUGAACCUCAGUGUCCAGUCUGCAUGUUAGAGAUGGAGAAAUAGCUGUUCUGUGUGCGUUUUUCUUUUUUCAUUCUAUUUUCUAUUUAUCCAAUAGAAAUCGAUGUACCUGUUACAUUUUCUGUAUCUAUAGCAAAGAAACAAACAAAUAAUGGUUUGUCUUGAAUGUCGUGCAUGAUUUGAAUGUCUAAUACGAACAGUUUACUGUGGAAUGUGUGGUGGAUUUCACAACUGUGAUUCUAUCAAGAUUAAACAUUUGUGGCAAAUUGCCAAUAUUGAUUUCAUAAGAAUGUUAAGUGUAAUUUACUUUCAUCAAUAAUGUUAAAUUAUGUUAAACUACUCAGAUUUGACAUUAAGUGUAUUUAAUUUUUAUCAUUUUGAGAGAAUAUUGUACCUAUUGCUAGGUAGGUGAUAUACUCCAAAGAGAAGAUAAUAUAUAAUUACAUAUUUUAUUUGAAGAAACUGAGAAAAAGCUAUAUCUCGCUCUGUUUGAGAAUAUAGGAUAUUCUGGUGCUUUAUUAGGCAAAAAACAAAACUUGAAUUUUAAAACUGUUAGCUGAAAUGUUUGUUUUUGAAAAUACUUUGCAGCAUCUCUGUGUAAGCCAGGUACUAUAGAAGGUUGUUUCACUUGUUUGCAAAUAAAAAGGGAAGACGUGUUGACCAUGAAUAUCA